AUGGAUUCACGCAGAGGCAGCCCUCCCCGAAUUUCUUCUCCUUUGUCCUCAAGUCGGCCCAGCGGCUCCUCUCCUUCUUCUUUUUUAUCCAGUUCAAAACCAAGUGCUCGGACGCCCGGCAACGGAAAUGCCAACUCUAGCCGCUACAGCAGAAGUAGCCUCCGUAGCAGCAGCAGCAGUAGCAGUAGCAGCAAUAGCAGCAGCAGCAGUAGCAGCAGCAGCAGCAGUUCGUCCGGCUCUUUCUUUGCAAACGCUGCUGCUGCCCGCGCCGCCGGCCUCGAGGACCCAGGGGGCCCCGACUCUGUCUACGGCGCCCACAUUUCUGUCUUGUGUUUAAAUGCUUAUCUUGUCCCUCCAGUUGUCUCUUGGAAUCCUUACUUGUGGGCCCCCUUUUGGAGCUGCAAGAGGCCCUUCGAGAGGGCGGAGCAGAUAGGGCGUUUGGCGGCGCAGUACGACGUGGUGUGCUUGCAAGAAGUUUGGGGGGCGAAUCUGCAAGGAUUGAACUCAAUGGUGCUGCCAACUCACAGCAUUUUGCCGGAGACGCAGUCGAAGGGUUUGGGGGCUUUGGUGAGCGAGGUGGUGGACCCGGUGUGUCUGUACACCCGAAAGACCGGGGGCCUCUGGUUCGCAUGGCGAGUUUCGAAGUGCCGCUUUUUGGGAAUGGAGCGGCAGCUGUUUGGCGCAGCAGCUCGCGUGCCGUUUUCAAAUCAAAAUGUAACUUCUGUGGACUUGGAUGUCAGUUCAACUUUUCCUGGAAAGCGACUUGUGCUCAUCGGCACGCACUUCAGCGUGCUGGGCCGCCGGCCCCGCAGCGAGAACCUCCGCCAGCUAGCCAGCUUCGCGAAGCAGCUGGCCUGGAAGCAGUACCUGCACUGGCUAGCCAGGCAGCUAGCUGGCACCGCCGGCAGCAGCAGCAGCAGCAGCAGCAGCAGCGCGCCCCCCUCCUUCGUGGCCGACACUGCUGUGCUGCUGCUCGGGGACUUCAACAUGGACCCCACGCGCUGCCCCCGGGACUACAGAAAGCUCUGCACUUUGGGGGGCUGCGGAGUUUUGCGGGACUUGUUUGCUGCUGAAAACAAUCCGAACUUUGCUUCGCAGUUCACGCAAAUGUCUCAGGAAGGCGGGCAGCAAAUAAAAACGAAAAGCGGAAAAGUCCACUUCGCCGGAAACAGCCUCUUUCCCUGGCCCUAUCGAGGGCGGGUGGAUUACAUUUUUGGGGUGGACAGUGUCUUUCUGGAGGCGGACGAAGUUUUGUCGUUAGUUGAAAAGUUUCCUCCCGAAGAAGUUGUGGGGCCGGAGUUUGAAGAAAUGGAUAUUCCCAUUUUGAAGGAGGGGGGUUUGGUGGUGACUUUUGAGAAAAUCCACUGUCUCGGGAUGGACAUAAUUGCGCAGCGUUACGGGCAAGAACUCUCAGACCACUGGCCCCUGUCUGCCCGCCUGUGCAUUGGGGCCCCCCAAGUUCGAAAAGAAGAUUUGCCGCGGCCGGAGAAGCAGCAGCUGCUGCGGGGGCCCUCGCUGUGUCUGGACCCUUUCAACAGGGGCCCCCGGGGACCCCGGCAGCCAGUGGCCAGUGUGGAAGCUGAGAAGCAAUUAGCUGCUAAUCAGCUGGCAGGAUGGAGGCAAACUAGGGCCCCCUCUACUCUGACGGUUUCUCCAGAAGUGAGGAGGCUGCAGCAGCAGCAGCAGGAGAGAAGACGUGCAGCGGCCGCUGCUGCUGCUGCUGCUGCAGCCGAGGCAGCAGCAGCGGAGGCUGCGCAGACUGCGGACUGGGAAACGCAGCAAGAAGAACUGCAGCAGCCGCAAGACCUGCAGCAGCCUGAUGCUACGCAGCAAGAAAGCAGUUCAAGUUCAGAGUCUGAGGCCCCUAGCCCACAAACAGCAGAAGCAGCGGAGGCUCCGCUGCAGCGGGAACCCAGCGCUGCGCCUGCUGCUGCGCCUGCUGCUGCGCCUGCUGCUGCGCCAGGACGAGCCAAAGAAAAGGGAGUGCCUCUCGCAGCCCGAAGAGCUCUUGCUGCAAUGAAUGCCAGACGCAAACCUCAAAGAAUGUAA